GCAUGUAAAUAGAUUAAAAAAGAUGGAUUUAAGCAACUUUGGUUAAUUACAGAAAGAAACUUUGGGUUCACUUAAAUUAACAACAACAACAAACCUGAUAUUAAACAGGAGAAUGAACUGAAGUUUAUUUGCUUUGUACAUGACUAACGGGAUGACGCCUUAUGCUGAGCAAAAGAAGGCCCAGAGAAAUCCAACCGGCAAGCCAAGUUAGUUCCAAGGCCCAGCCGACUCCUCCAUCCUCGUCUCCUCUAUUCUCCCCCAGUUUCCCCUCACUCCGCCGCCAGACAUGCACACCAGCACGCACAAGAACCGGCGACCAGACUCCAUUCCAGGAUUGAUCGCCCGCCCGCCAAGCCGCGCCAUUCCAGGAUCUAUCCCCCGCCCUCACCCAUUCUUCCGUGCAAUUUCUUCCUCCUUUAAUCUGUUUCUUUGAUUUCCUCCUUUAAUAAUUGUCGUCCGUUCCCAAAUUAUGUGGACCUGAUCCUUUCCUUCGUUCAAUCCCGUCCUUUAAUCCAAUCCGGUUCAAUUCGUGCGGUCCAGCUUUGCUGAUACUUGUUAUCCCAAAUCAGCUUGUUAUAAACCAGAAAAUUUAGGCAUAUAAACCGGUGGAUUUUCUUAUAUGCGAGCGAGGUGGGACUAUUGAUUUUCUGUGUGACCCAGCGCUACGGUAUUUUGACCAAAAAAAAAGCCCAGUGCUGGCCCUGUUCGCGGUACGCGCUCCGUGCGGCUUGUGUCGGCAGUUCUUUGCUCUCGAGGAAAAGGAAGGAAAAAAAAGAAUCGAACCGGUAUGUGGCAUUUGUAUUAUGCGCUUUGGUGGGAGGGUAAAACAGUCCCAAAAAAAAGCGUUGACGAAAUUUUUGGCAGAAACCUUAGCUCCUUUAUUAUUAGGUAUAGAUUUCUCAAUCGCCGACAAAAAGCCAAUGAAAAACGACAACAAUAUGGAUCCGAGUCAAUAAAUUCCAUAAAAAAGUAGAAGGAAAAACAAAAGCAUUCUCCUGUUGGAAAACAUGAACUCGUCGCUCGUUCGUGAACUGUCACACUUGAAACCAACGUUUUAAGAAUGCUUCCCGUAGCUCUCAAUCGGGUCCUCGAUACUCCCUGCUAUAUAAAACCCCGAGCGUAGCCGCGCUCGAGCUCUCUCUCUUCCGUCAUUCUUUCGUUCUAAUUUUACAUUCUUUUAGCUCCUUCCUUUUGUGCGUAGAACUUUUUCUUAGGUGGCCCUUCCGGUUUCUCCUGGCCCCUUGAUAGGAUCGCUGUUUCUUAGGAAUCUUUGGUAAAACGGAUUUGGUAAAUCGAUCGCCGUGCUACUGAUAUUAUCGGAAGAAAACACAGUAACAGGAUUCAGUCCCUGGGAAAGAUUUGUUUGGAGAGCGCGAUGACAUCGAGCGUGGAUUUGGAAGCGCUCCGGCCGUCGCCGGCCGACGUGCGGGUCGUCACGUCCGACGGGAGCACCAUCGCGGCGCAUUCAUCCGUUCUGGCGUCGGCAUCGCCUGUGCUGGAGCGGAUGAUCGAGGUGUCGGCGCGCAUCCGCAUCCUCGGCGCCUCACCCGACGCCGUCGCGGCCUUCCUCCGCUUCCUGUACUCCCCGAGGGAGGCGACGGCCGGGGAGUGGGGGGAGGCUGCGAUGGCGGCGCACGGAGCGGCGCUGCUGGCGCUGGCACACGCGCACCGCGUGCCGUGGCUGAAGUGGCGUGCGGAGGAGGCGGUGGCGGCGCGCCUCACCGCGGAGCGCGCCGUGGACGCGCUGAAGCUGUCCCGGCUCUGCAACGCGCCGCGGCUGUACCUGGUGUGCGUGCGUCUCGCCGGCAAGGACCUGGCCGCCGUCGAGCUGUCCGAGGGCUGGUGCUUCGCGGGCCGGCACGACGCCGCGCUCCAGGUUAACCUGCUCCGCCUCCUCCACGACGCCGACCAGAGGAAGAAGCGAUGGGAGCGGGAGCGGGCGUCGCAGGACGUCUACCGGCAGCUCAGCGACGCUAUGGCAUCCCUAGAUCGCGCCUUCACCGAGGCGUACCCGUGCGACGACGACGGCAGCGGAGCCUGCACCGCGCGGCAGGGCAUCGUGCAGCUGGUGAGGCACUUGGCCGGGUGCGGCAACAAGGGCGGCGGCGGCGGCUGCCCGCACUGCAAGCGCAUCUUCCAGCUCCUCCGGCUCCACUCCUCCGUCUGCGACCGGGCCGAGCCUUGCAGAGUACCCUUGUGCAGCAAUCUCAAGACGAAGAUGCAGGCAGAGAAAGUGGACAAGACGUGGAGGCUCCUCGUGAAGAAGGUGGCCAGGGCCGGAGUCAUGGCUACCCUAGACAACAGGGAGGUGCCGGAGAUCGUGAAGAGGUCGUGGGCAAAAUACAACAGCAGCGGCAGCAGGAGUAGAUCAGCCAGAUUCAGAUAGGAAAGCAUAUACAGUCAACGAUACGACGUACUGCAGUUAUUUUGGGAGGAGGAAUACUAGCUACUGAGGUUUUUAUCACACUGCGUUUAACCUGUACUCAGACUCAGACACCAAGGAAAUGCAUAAAAUACACUCUCCCGGCACCAUGUCGUGUGCGGCUCAGUUGUAGUAUGGAAUCUUACUUGAAUUUCGCACCACGGAAACUGGGCUUA